AUGAAAGAUAUAGAGAAAGAGGAACAAGUGCUCGAUGUCACUAACAGUGACCCUUAUAAUGAUGAAAAAAAUCUAUAUCUAACAAAUUCAAAUUACACACCAUCUACUGCUUCAUCUAAACCAACCACUUCUUCUCCCAAUUCCUUCUACACAAAAAUAAUGAAGUACCUUAAUGCUGAAACCAUAGGUAUUGAACCAAUUCCAGAAGAAUUAAAAACAGACAAUUCAAUAAUGAAUGCCAGUACGAUGUGGUUCAGUGCCAAUAUGGACAUUGCGUCCUUUGCGCUUGGUGCCUUAGGUCCUGCAAUCUUUGAUCUAAAUUUCGGUACCAGUAUUUUGACUAUUGUUUUCUUUUCCGCACUAGGCGCCAUCCCAGUUGCUUGGUUUUCUCUAUUUGGUGCUGAGUUAGGUAUGAGACAAAUGGUGUUAAGUAGAUAUCUAACGGGAAAUUUGGCAGCAAGGCUAUUUAGUUUGUUUAAUUGUAUUGGAUGUGUUGGUUGGGCGACAGUUAAUACCAUUGCCGCAGCAGAACUAAUAAACAUGGUAAACAGACCUCAUAAUUGUCCUCCUUGGGCAAGCUGUUUAAUUUUGAUUGUGGCAACAAUCAUUGUUACUUUUUUUGGGUACAAAAUUGUCCAUUUAUAUGAAAAGUGGAGUUGGGUGCCCAACUUUGCAGUUUUCUUGGUUAUAAUUGCCAGGUUGAAAAUAAAUAACGAUUUUGAGGGCGGUAUAUGGACUCAUGGUACAACUACUGCUGGUAAUGUGUUAAGUUUUGGUGGUUCGAUUUUUGGAUACGUUGCUGGCUGGGCCACCUAUGCAGCUGAUUUUACAAGUUACAUGCCACGUAAUUUUAAUAAAUCCAAGAUAUUUGCCGGUGUUGGUUUUGGGUUAUACCUUCCAAUUUGUUUUACCACAAUUUUGGGUGCUGCUUGUACCUCAUGUCUAAAAAAAAACCCAGUUUACCAAGAAUUAUACGAUAACGAUGGUUUUGGUGGUUUGGUCUAUGGAAUUUUGGUUGUUGAUUCAUUGCAUGGGUUUGGCCAAUUUUGUUGCGUAGUUUUGGCAUUAUCUACGAUUUCAGGUAAUAUUCCAAAUAUGUAUUCAAUUGCACUUUGUACCCAAGCGUUUUGGGAACCAUUGACUAAGAUACCAAGACCACUUUUAACUAUUGCAGGGAAUGGUAUUACGUUGGGGAUAUCUAUUGCCGCUUAUUAUAGAUUUACUACUUUUAUGAGCAAUUUUAUGGACGCUAUUGGCUAUUUCGUUGGUGUUUAUUUGGGUAUUUGCGUCGUAGAGCAUUUUAUCUUCCGUAGAAAUAAAUUUUCCACUUAUGACGUGAGCAUUUGGAAUAAAUUUUCCGAAUUACCCAUUGGUUUGGCUGGGGUCUUUGCUAUUUUUACUGGGGGCUUUGGUGUCGCAGUUGGUAUGGACGAAGGAUAUUGGUGUGGGGAAAUAGCUGCUAUGAUUGGUGAGGAUGGUGGUGAUAUUGGUUUUGAAUUGGGGUUUGGGUUUUCCUUUGUGAUAUAUUUGAUAUUUAGACCAAUUGAAAUGAAAUACAUUGGGAGAUGA